UACAAAAUUACCUGUUGAUGUGCAUUUAAAAUAAAUGAUACAGGUUACCUACCUACCGCUUAGUAUAAAAGAUAAAACUAUAAAUAUAACUGUUAAGUUUGCUAAGUUGCAAGAAACACGCUAAACAGUUUCAGGAAUAUCAAAAUAUUAUUUAUAAUAAACAGUUACGUGGAAUAACGUAAGUUAAGUUAUACAUUUUUGAUAGGCGAUAUUAUGUAUUAAUGAUUACCCAAUUCACAAAAUUGCAAUCGCCCAAUACAUAUCUGACCAAAAUCCGAGGUUGUAGUUAUCUAAUACUUCACAAAUUCACGAUAUAAAAACCAAAAACCAAUAAAAAAAUAAAAAUAUAAUUACAGGUAUUAUUAUGACACGCAUAGGUAGUUAUAUUCAUAUUAUUAUUAUUAUGUACCUAUACCUUCAUUCGGCUAAUACGUAGUAUUGCUAUAACCAAGUUCAGCGCGUGAUAUUUUGUUUUUUCCCCUCUCGUCGGCGCGACUCGUGAACUGGUCCAAACACCUGACACUAUGUACCUAUACUAUUAACGGCGGCCAUAAAAAUAAUAAUAAUAAUAGUAAAAAAAAAAAGUCGAAUUCAAAAUGAAAAUUAGGCAUAUGCACACCACGACGACGUGCAUACUAUACACUACGGCAUGUUUGCAUUCGCGCUGAACAUGUUUUACAUAAAGUUGUACAUUUUUGUUUGUGUUUUAUUGUUUACCGUAGUGCUACCGUUACCGUCUGCCAAGAUAAACAAAAUUUGCGAAGUGGAGUACAAUGAUGAAGUAUCGUCAUCGGAGAAAAUACUUCGAUGGUUGACAGAUCCGUGUCGGUACGACAAAACAGUAGCCCCAGGAAAACUCGUUGCGAACAAUCCAAUCGUUGUGUCCACUAGGAUUCAUGUGUAUCAUUUAACUUCUGUGUACCCGCGAAAUCUGGACUUCAAAGUGAGGAUAUUGUUACAAUUCCGGUGGAGAGACGUCCGAUUAGCGUUUACAAAUUUAGUGCCGAUAGACUCUCCUGAAGUGGUGUGCCAAAAAGGAGUACUGGAGCGGAUAUGGAUACCGAACGUGUACAUUACCAACGAGAAACAUUCGUUGACGGUGGCCGACAUGACCGAAGACCUGAUGGUCACCGUGUUACCGGACGGAACUGUGAUGUUAUCGGUCAGGUUGAAGACAUCGGUAUUCUGUUGGGUGAAGCUAGGCAGAUUCCCAUUCGACCGCCAACAGUGUCACUUGAUCAUGGAAACCUGGAGGUAUGACACUACACAAUUGGUGCUUAAAUGGGAAGUCGAAUCGCCAGUCACCGCAGCCCUCAAUGAUAACUCGUGGGUUCCUUAUUUGACAGAAUACAAAUUGCUGAAAAUAAUACCACACAGUUCCGAACAUUAUGUCGAACCAAUUGCUCUGGAUCCAACUUCUACUUAUCGUUACACGUCGUUAACGUUAACGUUCCUACUGGCUAGGGAGUACGGGUUCUACAUCAUGGAUUACUAUAUGCCGGGCAUAUUGUUGGUGACGAUUUCGUGGGUGUCGUUUUGGAUGGCACCCGACGCGACGCCUGCACGUGUGGCCAUCGGUACAAGUACAAUGCUCACAUACUUUCAGCUGGGUAUCGACACGGGCUCCAAGUUGCCCAAUGUGUCUUAUAUUAGAUCCAACGACUUGUGGUUUAUCGUGUGCACUGCGUUCAUAUUCCUCUCGUUGGCCGAAUUUGCAUUUGUCAACACAAUAUGGCGAUACGGGUGUCACCCUGUCAAGUUGAAAAGCAAAUCCAAUAAACAAAUGUUUAAGUCAUCGAUCAAAGCGAGCAAAAUGUCCAAGGGGAUAGUCAAUAACGACCAAGCGCAACAAACCAUCGCAGCUGGCGGUUUAUUUCACGACGGAAGAAGGUUGCAAGGCAAUGGUACAACAGAAUUGAACGCAGAACUGCCCUACACGAUGGAAAUGAAAGCGAUGGGCAAGGUAAAAUUCAAAGUAUCUGAAGAAUCAGCACGUCAAUUGCACGGGGGUUUAACGACUACGGCCCAACAGAUUUCGAUUUGGAUUGAUGAGAAGAGUAGAAUCGUGUUCCCAGCAUCGUUCAUUUUAUUUAACGCAGUAUAUUGGAGCCUAUUGUGGGUUUAACAAAAUUUUGACGACCUAUGGAAAUGGUUGUAUGGAAACACCUUUAUAACGUGAAACGAGAAUUUCGAAGGGAAAUUCGAUGGGACUGUAUAGGUAUGCCGGUAACCUGCCAUCCGCAAUAUUCUAUGAAGGACAAAUGUAAAAUUUGGUAUAGGUACCGUAUGCAUAUAUUAUAAAAUACUAUUAACUUUGUUUAAAUGUAAAUAUAGUUAAAUAUUAAAUACUAAUUAAAUCCUCGCCUAUGAACUAAACAAAAUAUUGUGUAUACCUAUUGUGCUUGUGGAUUUUUAAUGUCAUGAAUAUAUUUAUUACUUUUUUAAA